AUGACAAAUAGUUUAAAAGAUGAUACACCUAUAUCUCGAGAUUAUAUUAAUGUCAAUGUGGGCAAACGGGUACGACUAGAAUGCGAACUAAGUAAUUUAACAAUGUCUGGUAAUACGAAGGGUCUAUGGUUACGUUUAGAAGAUGCCGAAGUAUUUUUCUAUUCAGCAAGUCGAAUUAAUACUGAUCAACGUUUUCAAAUAGAACAACGCCCUAUUCUUCACAUUAAUAAUGGCACAUCAUAUGAAAUAAUGACAUAUUCAUUGACAAUUGAUGAUGUACGUUUAGCAGAUGAUGGGACAUAUUCAUGUCAAGAAGACAAUAGAAUUAUCAAACUAUUCGUUUUAAAUAUUGUUGAACGACCAUACUUUGUUACUCAUGAAUAUACGACAUUAUUACGUACACAAAUCGGAAAAAAUGUGUCUAUUGCAUGUGAAGCACAAGGCAAACCAAGUCCAUUUGUCAGUUGGAUAAAAAAGAUAGAUGACGAUCAACCCAAAACGAUGAUCAAUUGUACAACUACGCCUACCACCUGUCAAUUGAAUCUUUUCGAUGUUAAUCGUUGGCACAAUGGAAUAUAUGAAUGUGUAGCAGCGAAUUCUAUUGGUACUAUUGGUCGAUUUUAUACACUUGAUGUUCAAUUUCCACCAGAUGUAUAUAGUCCCAAAGUAAAAUCUUUUCAUUCGAUUGGUGAUACAAUUACGUUUGAAUGUUUGAUUGAUGCUAAUCCGGAACCGGAUAUACGAUGGUUACAUCGAUUCACCGAUGAUAUUAAUCAAGAAAUGGAUUUAUCUGGUCAAUUUAAUCAAGGAUAUAAUAAUAAUAAUAAUAACAAAAGAAGAGAAAAUUCAAUUUGGUCGAUUUCACAAGAAAAAAUUAAUUCAACUAGAUGGAAAACAAGUCUUUUCAUUAAACAUAUACCAAAACGAUUUUUUAAUUCAAAAUUUAUUUGUCGUGCUAUAAAUCGUCAUGGUCAAAGUGAAAAAUCCAUAACAGUUAUACAAAAUCAUCAUCAUGUUGCAAAAAAACAUCGUCAUACUACACCACCUAUUAAAACAACAGCAAUAACAACAACACCAGUUGAUCUAUAUAAACAAUAUAAUGCGGAUGAAUAUCAAUCAACAAGUACAACAGGUAAAUAUUAA